AUGGAUGUUAGUGCUGUUGAGGAGGAUGAUGAUGAUAUUGAUAAAAGCGUUGUUACUAUGAUGCAGCUAUUUUAUUUUAUACUAAAGCUUAACAUAUACAUACACGUCAGCACCAACCAACCGCUACCGCCAACACUAUCACCACCACCAUCACUAUCACCGUCACUACAGCCACAACAGUUGGCCUUUAAGCACAAUUCGGCAAUAAUUGACCAUGGAACAUAUGUGCUAACUUCGGCCAAAGAGUUAGAGUUUUAA